AUGCCGUCAAUCGACUGGCUAUCGUUCCCGCACAUUCUCGACGAGAUAUUCGACCAGGCCGAUUCGUCAGCCCUCGCCUGUCUACGGACAGUCUGCCGCCACUUCAAGGCUGAAGCCGAGCGCCGUCUCUAUCGCCACGUCACCGUGGCCGCUACGUACCCUGGCAUUCCCGAAGUGCAGUUCAUUUCAUCAAACGAUCUCAACAUCCCAGGACUACAUGGCCUCCUAGAUCUCACUCCAGGCUUGCGAGCAGUGACGCUACAGCGCCUCGAACAGCACACUCGCAUUCUCGACAUCUGCCGCCACCCAUUUGACACCGAUCAUGCGCCGGCCGAUCUCACUCAGUGUCUUUGGUGGAUGAAGACCCUGAAGCUCGAUUUGGUCCGAGUUGCAAGUCCACGCAGUUUAUGGGUGCCUUACCUCGAAUGGGGUGCGUCGUACUGGGGACACCGCUCUUACGCAGACUUUGCCACGUAUCCGGUGCACUUAGACACCCGCAUUGUUCCGCCCCCGCCUGCCCAGAAAGCAGUGUUCUUCAUCGACUUAACUCCCCCAUAUCCACCACUUGGGACAGGCGGGGUGUCGAGGAUACAGCCCUUGCCAUUCAACGCCGUUCGUUACAAGGCUUGUCCGGAGUCCGGGCCGAGACUCCUGCUGCCGCCAGACGAGGUUCCGUACCGCCAGCGCUACUUUCGUUAUGACUUUGCCAUACAUGGUGACAUCUUCAAGUGCGGCAACGAUGGUUCGUGCAUGAGAAACCACGACGGCUCGCGUGCGACCACGCUGGUCCUCAACCUCCGGUACGAGCCGAACCACCCGCUUCUUCCAGCAGCUAGAUGGUUUGUGAAGAGUGGCCGUUCCUCAGAGCCCAUCACGCAGCGCAUUGGCCCCAGGCACCUCGUCAUCAUCUUCAGUCCCACGCCUUAUCCGGAUGCGGACGAAGCCUUCAGCUGGGCGCGGCAGGCCCCACUCAUCGAAAUUAACUGGGAGAGUGCACUCCGCUUGUGGCGCAAUGGUCACCGCGACGCGGACUACGGCAUGCUUAUGCACCUUUGGGAGCUCGCAUGGCCCGUGUUCGAAGAGUACCAGUUCGACGGAGGCGGCGAGGUCACCUUUGUUGGGCUUGAGGACUUCCGUAAUGUCGACCUCGGUUUGCCCACGCACAUAGACGAUUGGCCAGCGCGAAAGGCAGAACUGGAGCUGCGCUAUCUGGAACUGAACACAGUUAGGAGGGAGCGCUGUUCUCUUAUGCCUCUGCCCGACAGCUACGCUCCAAACUUCCUCAUGCGCGAUGAGUACCGCGCCAUAGUCGGCGAGGAGGUCUGGGAGAUGGAGACGUCCGAGCCCCUGGGUGCAUGGAGCGAGCCGCCUCACCAUCAGUGA